AUGGAGUCGCCCAGGCUCAACAAGUCGUGCGACCAAUGUCGGAAUCGGAAGGUCCGCUGUAUUGUCCCGCCGAGCUCCGAUGGGAGGGCUGUUGCGUGUACACACUGCAUCAAACGGAACGAGACGUGUCAGUUUAGUAACCUGAAGCGAAGGCUGCGGUCCAGGGGUAUUGCCUCACAGGAGGGACGGACAACAACAGCGCCAUCAACUCCACAGAAAGGCUCAGGCAGCUUCAAGACUUUAAGCGAUCUAUUCAUAGAUCGACUCCUAAGUAGCCCGUCUGAAAGCCCUGUUCCCUAUGAUGAGUUCUCUGUGCUUAAAGCGCACGAUGACCGAGUCCCGAGCUCUGGUAUCGCAUUUUUCUCACCAAAAAGAGUCGAUUCGCUGGUGAAAAGGCUAGGGAAUACACAUCUCCGAGAACUGGUACACCAGAUUGACAGGACCAUUCGCACGCGCUUGCUCGCGAGGCCGGAGAAAGAGAUCUCGCUGUAUAGCUUGGCGAAGGUUCAGACAGAGCUGGAGAUUGGCUCGGACGCGGACAGCCAUAUGCAGCGUUACUUCGAAGUGCUUCAUCCCGUGUAUCCGUUUCUCGACAAGCGGGCGUUUCAAGAAAAGGCGGCGUCCUCAAAUCUUUUCCAAGUGCUAGAAACAGACUUUGCAUUUUGCGGGCUCUACUAUGCGGUACUUGCUCUCGGUUGCCAGUAUAAUGGGUUCGGUUCAUUCAUUCCGGACAAUAACCGUCCAUGGAAAUUCUUCCAGAUUGCUCUUAGCCGAUUAGAUUGGAUACUCAUGUCAACCGAGUCGCUAGCGAGUCUUCAGGCCAUCACUGCAAUGGCCAUCUUCGCCACCAGUGCAUUUGGCCACAGCCUCGACCAAACCCUCAUAGCUGAGGCAAGCCGAAUGGUUCUCGCACUGAGAUACCACAAGUCUACCUUUGGCGAAGACUCCGCACUGUGCUACCGAACCUUCUGGGUAAUAUAUCAUUUGGAGAAGCGCUACUGCUUCCAAGCGAGGCAAAGCUCUGUAAUUGCCGACUAUGAUAUUGGGUGUCCAAUCCCUCCAGCUCCCGAUUCAAUCAUUGGAGAAUACAAUUGGCUUUUAUCAUCAGUUCGCUUCAGCCGUAUCCUCUCAAUAGCCUAUGCCUCCCUCUUCUCGGUCUCAGCAUCAACACAGUCAGAUGACACACUAUUAGCUUCCGUCGACCACGUCCAUACGCUCCUUGAGGAAUGGAGACAAUGCAUUCCACUCGACUUCCGACCAAAGGAGCAUCUCCAGCGACGGCAGCUGAAUGACGGCGCGUCGAAGGAAAUUGCGCUGCGGACACAUUAUUACUAUUACCAUCUCACCAUUGCACUCUCGCGACUAACCCUUCAUGUCAGUCGUGACGUCGCAAAAAGCGAGAACGCAAUGAGGACGCUACUUGAUACCGCCAGGAGCAUCAUCGAUCUGACGCGGUUUAUUGACGUGGAGCCAUAUACACCGACUUUCAUCCUCGCAAUCCUCCCUCUUUCAGCCCUAUUCAUCCUCUUCGACUUUGCCAUCCACCAUCCGACCGAUCCGGAAAUCCGCAGCUACCUCACCCUCCUUGACAUUGUCGCCGGCCACUUUAGCCAACUGGACCAUGCGUCAAAGGGCGUGAUACCUUCAAGCUAUCUAUCCGAGUUCUCCCACAUGGCGAGACAGUAUGUGCAGAGUGUACCGAAGCAGACGCCUACGACUGGUCCUACUUCAGAUGAUCCUGGGGCAGGGCCAGGGGCGGAUGAAACUAAUGGUGGUCACUCUGGAAGCACUUCUGUACCUAUGCUUGCGACAUCGACAGCAAUAGCGGCAGAUCCUUCGUUCACAGAUACUGCUCUACAGAGUCCACAAACAGGAGAAACAGGUGAUCCGACGCUCAUGGAAGGACUGGACUACAAUAGUCUCGAUAGCUUGUAUUUCCUCACCCCAGAUAGCGACUUCUGGGCCGGAGGACGAUCCUUCGAUCAGUUUGACCCGAGGGAGUUUUACGGGGAGAUAUUCCUAUGA